AAGAAAAUUUUGAUACUAUCAUAAUAUGCAUGUAGUAUUUUUUGACCGUCGUUUAUAUUUUCUUUUAAUUCUCAUUUAAUUUUCUCAAUUUUUCAAACUUUCCAGUAUUGUAACUGACCAAAAUGAGUUCUUUAGUUAGACUUGCUCAAGUUACAAAAAAAAUUGUUCGUCCGAUGCCAUUAGUUCAACGUCAUAUAUCGACCUCUAAAAAAAAUCAAGAAGUGUGCGUUACCAAUACAGAACUAACUGAACAUGAACCACAAAAACGCAAUUGGCAAUCAUAUGGCUUUGAAAAAGACGAUGAGACAGAAGACUUGAAUGCUAUGCAUGCUACUGGUUUUUUUUCAAUCACUUUAUGUAUAGUAGGUGGUAUAUUUAUGUUUGCAUAUAUGCCAGACUACAAUUACAAGAAUUGGGGAGAAAGAGAAGCUUUCCUCGAACUGAGAAGAAGAGAAGAUCAAGGCUUACCACUCAUCGAUCCUAAUUACAUACAACCCAAUUUGAUACAACUACCCACCGAAGAAGAAUUAGGUGAUACUGAAAUAGUGAUUUAAUAUUAUUAGUAUCAUAAUGUUAUGAAAUCCCAGUUUUUGUGUCUAGUGGAUAAAAUAAGAUGAUUUUCAAUAAAAAAGCAACCAAAUAUUUCAUUGUACAAUAAUAAAUGUAUUUAUUUACCAGGUCUAUAAAGCAUAGACUAAUAAAUUGUUUUAUUAUUCAUUAA